CCCAGCAAUUGAGCGAAAUGAACUAAAUUUCGGAAAGCGUAGUGUGUUUGUGUUGUUAAUUCAACUUGUGAGAACUGUCAUAAAAAAUGGCGAAUACAGGUGUUCUUCCUUUUGUACGAGGUGUUGAUUUUACUCGAAAUGAUUUUAGCGAUGGGAGAUUUCCGGAGGCUGUUCGGCUCAUGACAGGCGUACAAUGGUUCAAACUCGACCGGACAGGCUUGGUGAAUAUACCGGAGGAGUUGGGGAAACUACUCAAAUUGGAACACCUGUCGUUGACACGCAACGACCUGGAGCGGCUGCACGGCGAGCUGACGGAGCUGACGUGCUUGCGCACGCUGAACGUGCGCCACAACCGGGUGAAGAGCUCGGGCGUGCCGGCGGAGCUGUUCCAGCUGGAGGAGCUGACGACGCUCGACCUGAGCCACAACAACCUGAAGGAGGUUCCCGAGGGGCUGGAGCGGGCGCGGGCCCUGCUCGUGCUCAACCUCAGCCACAACCGGGUGGAGAGUAUCCCAAACGCCCUGUUCAUGCAUCUGACGGACCUGCUGUUCCUGGACCUGGGCUCCAACAGCCUGGAGACACUGCCCCCGCAGCUGCGGCGCCUCACCAACCUGCAGACGCUCGUGUUGGACCACAACCCCCUCAGCCUGUUCCAGUUCAGGCAGUUGCCAUCCUUGGUGAACCUGGAGACACUGCACAUGAAGGACACUCAGCGCACGCUUGCCAACAUCCCGGGCAACCUGGAAGCUCUUGUCAACCUGGCAGACCUCGACUUGUCCGUCAACUCGCUGCCCAAAGUCCCAGAGGCGCUGUACUCCCUGCCAGGCCUACGUCGCCUCGACUUGAGCGACAACUGCAUCACGGAGCUCUCCCAGUCAAUAGACCAGUGGCAGCGGCUGGAGAGCCUGAAGCUGUCCCGCAACCAGCUGACGGCCCUUCCCGCAUCGCUGUGCCGGCUGUCCGCCCUGCGCCGCCUCUACGUGAACGACAACCACCUCGACUUCGAGGGCAUCCCGUCGGGCAUCGGCAAGCUGGGCAGCCUGGAGGUGUUCUCGGCCGCCCACAACCAGCUGGAGAUGAUCCCGGAGGGGCUGUGCAGGUGCGGGUCCCUGAAGAAGCUGAUCCUGACAGGGAACCGCCUCAUCACGCUGCCCGAUGCCAUCCACCUGCUGACGGACCUGGAGACUCUGGACCUGCGAGACAACCCGGACCUCGUGAUGCCGCCCAAGCCCCUCGAGGCACAGCGGGGUGCUGGGGUGGAGUUCUACAACAUCGACUUCUCGCUGCAGCACCAACUGCGUCUGGCCGGCGCCAACGUGCCCGUCCCCCCGCAGUCAAACAAUGCUAGCAAAGACCCAAUAGCACGGAAAAUGAGGCUGCGCAGGGGCCGCAGGGACCAAGAGGAGGCGGAUCAAGACCAAGCCAAGAUCCUGAAGGGAAUGAAAGACGUAGCGAAAGACAAGAACAAGCAGAAAACUUUGGAGGAAGUGAAGGCUGAAUCCCUGAAGCCAAAGCGUUGGGACGAGUCGCUGGAGAAGCCGCCCCUGGACUACUCGGAGAUCUUUGACGAGGAUGCAGGCCAGAUCCCGGGACUCACCAUCUGGGAGAUAGAGAACUUCCUGCCGAACCAGGUGGAGGAGGCGGCCCACGGCAAGUUCUACGAGGGAGACUGCUACAUCGUGCUGAAGACGUCUGUCGACGAUGCCGGCUCUCUCACCUGGGAGAUAUACUUCUGGAUCGGCUUGAAGGCCACGCUGGACAAGCGUGCGUGCGCGGCCAUACACGCGGUGAACCUGCGCAACUUCCUCGGGGCGCAGUGCCGAACGGUCCGCGAGGAGCAGUCGGAGGAGUCGGAGGAGUUCCUGGCACUGUUCGACUCGGACGUCACCUACAUUGAGGGUGGUCGCACUUCCAGCGGCUUCUUCACCGUCGAGGACACGAUGUACGUGAAGCGACUGUACCGCGUGCAUGCGGCGGGCUCCUCGUCCAUCCACCUGGAGCCAGUGACGGUGGCCGUGCGGUCCCUGGACCCUCGCUACGUGUUCGUGCUCGACGCCGGCCUCAAGAUCUUCAUGUGGUAUGGCAAGAAGUCCAAGAACACCUUCAAGUCCAAGGCCAGGCUCAUAGCUGAAAAAAUUAAUAAGAAUGAGCGUAAAAACAAGGCAGAAAUACUGACUGAGAUGCCAGGUGAUGAAAGCGCAGACUUCUGGAAGAAUCUCGGAAGCAUUGAUGGUCUCCCGCCAGAAGAACCGACAGUGGAGCACGUGGAUGCAGAGUUUGCGCCGGCCGUGCCGCGACUCUACCAGGUGCGGCUGGGCAUGGGCUACCUGGAGCUGCCUCAGGUCGAGGUCCCGCACGGCAGACUGGAAAACUCGCUCCUCAACAGCAAGAACGUGUAUAUCCUCGACUGCUUCCUGGACCUCUUCGUUUGGUUCGGCAAGAAGUCCACCCGCCUGGUGCGUGCUGCGGCUGUGAAGUUGUCCCACGAGCUGUUCUCAAUGAUUCAGAGGCCAGAGUACGCACUGGUUACCAGGGUGCAGGAGGGAACGGAAAACCAGAUCUUCAAGAGCAAGUUCAUCGGCUGGGAUGAGGUGAUAGCUGUGGACUUCACCAGGACUGCGGAGUCCGUACAGAAAACCGGAGCGGACCUCGGCAAGUGGGCCCGCCAGCAGGAGACCAAGGCGGACCUGGCGGCCCUGUUCACGCCGCGCCAGCCGCCCAUGUCGCCGGCGGAGGCCCAGCAGCUGGCCGAGGAGUGGAACGAGGACCUGGAGGCGAUGGAGGCCUUCGUGCUGGAGGGCAGGAAGUUCGUGCGGCUGCCAGACGAGGAGCUGGGGCACUUCUACAGCAAGGACUGCUACGUGUUCCUUUGCCGCUACUGGGUGCCUGGCGACUUGCCGGAUGAGGGGCCCGGGGAGAAUGAUGAGGGUGCAGAGCCCCUAGAGGACGACUUCCAGUGCGUGGUCUACUUCUGGCAGGGCCGCGAGGCCUCCAACAUGGGCUGGCUCACCUUUACCUUCAGCCUGCAGAAGAAGUUCCAGGCGCUGUUUGGCGAGAAGCUGGAGGUGGUGCGCACGCACCAGCAACAGGAGAACCUCAAGUUCAUGGCGCACUUCAAGCGCAAGUUCGUGAUCCACCAGGGCCGGCGCAAGGAGGCGGUGGCGGAGGGCCGCCCCCCUCUGGUCCAGUUCUACCACCUGCGAUCCAACGGCAGCGCGCUGUGCACCCGCCUGGUGCAGGUCCGGCCCGACGCGAGCCUGCUCAACUCCGCCUUCUGCUACAUCCUCAAAGUGCCUUUCGAUCAAGAGGAGUCAUCAGGCAUGGUGUACGUGUGGAUUGGCUCGAAGUCCGACCCUGAGGAAGCUAAACUCGUGGUGGAAAUCGCUGAAGAAAUGUUCAACAAUCCUUGGAUUGGGUUCCAAACGUUGAACGAGGGCGAGGAGCCGGACAACUUCUUCUGGGUGGCGCUGGGCGGGCGUAAGCCGUACGACACGGACGCCGACUUUAUGGGCUAUGCCCGACUGUUCCGUUGCUCCAACGAUAAGGGCUACUUCACCGUGUCGGAGAAGUGCUCCGACUUCUGCCAGGACGAUCUUGCAGACGACGACAUAAUGAUCCUCGACAACGGAGAGCAAGUAUUCCUGUGGCUGGGUGCUCGCUGCAGCGAAGUAGAGAUUAAACUAGCAUACAAAUCGGCUCAGGUGUACAUCCAGCACCUGCGUGCCAAGCAGCCAGAACGGCCGCGCAAGCUGUUCCUCACGCUCAAGAACAAGGAGUCGCGUCGCUUCACCAAGUGCUUCCACGGCUGGGGGCCCCACAAGAAGCCUCCCGAGUAGGCCAUGGCCGCUGCCUCCCCGUGCACAGCGCACAAUCACCGUCGCGCUCCGCGUGGUCCGCUGUCCUGACUGGCUGUCUGGUUCUGUUGGACACAACCAGUUGUUGACAGGCGUGUAUGAUAACAAUAGUGCAUACUUUGAAUACUGCAGGACACCAAAAAACCAGUUGUUGUGUUUUGUCUGGUUUUUUUAGUGUGCUUUCACUUUUAAGUCUGUACUAUUCUUAUUGUAUAUACUAUUUUAGUGCCUCAUUUUUAGACACUCGCAAAAUUCACUUUAUUUUAUUUUACCAGGCUAAACUCUACACGCUUGUACACAAACAGGUCAUUGUCUUUUGUUCAUUGGCUGCCGCCACACAUUAAUUUUUGUCCAGAUUGCAUAUUUUUGGUUCAAAUUAAUUUUGCAUUUUUUAAUAUUGCUUUCUUUUCUUCCGGUGUGUGUCAAAACUACUGAAUGGUAGUAAUGAAAAUUCCAUUCAAACAUGUGAUCUGGUAAUGUCCCGAUGUCUGAUAACCGUUAACGAAUUAUUGGUACAUUUUCCGAUGUUGGCUAUCAACUUACCAUACAUACUAUGCUGUAAUAAGAGGAAGGACCCUUAACAUUCAGGCACUACAAACUAAAUCAGUUGUUCAGGAAACAUUUAUAACACCUUGCUUUUGACAAACACGUUUGCAUUUUACAGGAAGAUACCUACUGUAUUUACACGCAGAAGAGUUGCCCCUGUGUAUGGGUAGCAUCUAUAAUUUUUGGAAUAAAAAUCUAAUAUUUUCAUUAUAAGUGUCACCUUUGAAUAUGGGUAGCACCAUAUAUCUGUCUCCAGUAGAAGACAAUUGAAGAGUUUAUGGUCCUUGUAUCAGCUUAUUGCCAUGCAAGAAACUUGGCACUGAUGUUGACCCUUGUUCUUUCAUCUCCCCCCCUUUUCAUUUUUUAUGGCUCUUCGUUCCAUUAUAUAACAAAUAAUACAAAUCAAAAGAAUACUAUUUUUUAUACCAAUGUUUUCCUUCCUGUCUGUUGUAUAUAUAUUUUUUUUACCCAAAUUCUUACCCAAGCGAGAAAUGACGGCAUGCUAAUAUUUGUCAAUUUUUUUUUGUCAGUUCUUUCAAUAAAAACAAACACGCCCUAAUCUCACACGAAAACAGUGUUUGGAUACAAUUUCAAUUGCAUCAUAAAAACCUGUCGAGAUAGACAUGGUGAUUGUGUACGGUGCCAGUUCAUGGACGUUUAUGAUGAGAAAGGGAGGGAGAACCAUACACUGCUGCCUGGCCACACGCACUCAAACACGCACGCACACACUUCUUUCCCCUCCUCUUUCUCAUCUCUGGCUGGUUUAUUUUUAGAUAUUCCCCUCUUGCCGAAUUCCAGCAGACAGGUAGCCACCCAACAAGCUGCAGAUGCAAACGCAGCGUAACGGCACAGUUCAUGGAUAUUUACACACACAGCUGAGAUAUUUUAUUUAAACAAUUUAUUCUUACCUGUGACCUAUUUACGUACUAGAAACCAACACAGGCUAGUUUUUUAAGGAAAUAUUCAACCACUCAAUGCAAUGUUAUAUUUUUUUUACCCAAAAUGAAAAAAAAAACUUGCAUAAGGUUUGCAUGACAUGUUAUUAAACAAAAAAAUCGGCAUAAAAUGUGCGACCUGCACGCAGGUAAAUACGUUUGUUGAUAAAAAUAGAUUACAACUGUCAGCUCUUUUGUAAAAAUGUAAUUAAAAAAAUGCACAACACGAGACUUACAUUUGAAACAGUAACAAAUAGGGUUUCAUUAAAAAUGUGGUGAAGAAAAUGAAACUUCUGUAGAUCUGGCAAAAUACAUUUGGUUACAAAUGUAAGGAAUAAGACCUUGGUUAUCCUGACAUGCUUUGACAACUUUUAUGGCAAGAUUAUACACAGUGACCGACCGAAUGCUAGCCUGCCCUCACCCCCCUGGUGUAGUAACUAGUAACUGCAUCCUGUUGUGACAGCUCUGGCAGUUAUCAUCUUUUUGCCUGACUGAGAGAAAUAAAGGGUCGUCUUGGCACUGUGGGGCAAAAAUACCUUGGUAAUAAAUAACACACGUAAAUUGUAUUAUAUCUAUAUAUAUAAAAAUGUUAUGUUGGUUUGUGUACGCUUCAAAAUCUCAAAAAGUUCUGCACCGAUCAAGCUGAAAUUUUACCAUUAUAUACAACCCGCAUCAAGGAUUGUUUUUAUCUACUUUUCACGUCAGCAACAUACCCGCGACCGCGAAAAAGUAACUGUGCCAUUUUAUUAAUGUGUUUUCUCACCAAUAAAAACAAAAAAAAAACAAGCAUUUUCUGUUAUGGAAACGUUUCUCCAUGCCAAAGGAUUUCUCUUAGCAAUGGAAAAAACUACGUCAAGUGAAGCGAGCGGGAAAUGGCUAUAUACAAUGAGAAUGCUUUUAUUGUGAGGUGCAAUAAUUAAAAAAUGACUAAGCGUACCGGUAUGGAACUAAUUAUACAAUAUGAAUGAGGUACUUUAGUGUGAUCGUGUCUCGAUUGAGCUGCGCCGUUAUCCAAAUCGUAAGUAGAGGUUAUGUUUUGUAUGGGUCUAUCACCACAUGUAGAUGGUUCUAGGCUAUUCAUUUUUUGAACUCCUUAGACCCUAUACCUUUUUUUUUAAUUUUUAAUUAAAUUAAUAUGUUCUAUCACCAAUAACAACAAUUGCAUCAAUCGUAAGUAGAGGUUAUGUUUUGUAUGGGUCUAUCACCACUUGAUGUGGGAUUGCAUGUAGAUGGUUCUAGGCUAUUCAUUUUUUGAACUCCUUAGACCCUAUACCUUUUUUUAUUUUUUAUUUAAUUAAUAUGUUCUAUCGCCAAUAACAACAAUUGCAUCAAUCGUAAGUAGAGGUUAUGUUUUGUAUGGGUCUAUCACCACUUGAUGUGGGAUUGCGUGUAGAUGGUACUAGGCGAUUCAUUUUUUGAACUCCGUACACCCUAUACCAUUUUUUUUUAAAUUUUUAAUUUAAAUUAAAAUGUUAUAUCGCCAAUAACAACAAUUGCAUCACAUUCAUAGCACAAGUGCGAAAAUACAGAUUUUUACCUAUUAGCUGUGCACCAGUGACCGCGCCAUCUGCCGUAAUCGAGGAAAACACUCGCUGACAACGGCAAUAGUAAUGGCGCAGUCACAUGACAAACAAUAUUCGUUUCCAAUUACAUGAUAGGUAUGCCAAUUAUCCUCUUGCGGAAUAUUAAUCAGCCAAAACUCUGCAACGACACGCGACUUUCAGUUAAGAAAUUAAUGAAUAACGUAGUGGAAGCAACGAUUUUAACGGGGCCUUUUAAAGGUGAAGAAGUCCUCAUUUCUCGAAUACCCAUGAUCCCGACCGAUACACCAUUUCAAUUUAAAAGAUUGCAAUUCCCAAUUUGAUUGGCAUUUGCAAUCACAAUCAAUAAAGCUCAAGGUCAAUGUUUAGAAUUGUGUGGUUUAGAUUUAGAUGCGGAUUGUUUUUCACAUGGACAACUGUAUGUUGCGUGUUCCCGAGUCGGAAAACCAGAUAGUCUUUAUAUCUACGCAUACAGUGGAAAAACAAAAAAUAUUGUAUAUCCACAAGUAUUGCAAAAUUAAACUUAUAUGAAAUGUAGUCUUUGUUUUGUUUCUUAUUUCUCAACUAUUCAAUCACAAUGUGCCACAGCGAAGCGUGGCACGGUACAGCUAGUACAUGAUACAAUUUUAUUCAGCUGUUCCUUCCAACCGGAAAAUGAUUAUUCCCCCAACCCCCUAUUAUUUUUUCUAUAUCCCUCUAUCUUUCUUGCUGCUUUUCUCUUUCUCUCUAACAAAAUGGCUCCUCUCUUUUUGAAUUUACCUUGGCGUAUGUAGAUUUAUUUAUUUUACUAAACGAAUGAAUUUUAUACUAAUAUGCACAAAUAGUAUCAUAGUGAUCUAAAUAGACAAAAUAUAGUGUCCCAACAAAUUGUUUCUUAGUUUUAACUAUACCAUUGAUGUUCAGAUAUUUUGUAAACAGUAAUGUAUGGUGAGAAAAUAUUAAAAAUACUAGUAAUAAAAUCUUAUCUAUAAAUGCUAUUUACCAGACAUAUAUGCAGUCCAGUAAAGUUUUCAGAGUUGAGAGCUUACAAUGGAAACAUGAAAAUGAUGAAAAUAGAUUUUUCAAGAGCUCUUUAAAUUUGUUUGACACAUUAGUUGUAAGAAAUACAUUGGCACUAGUUUUUUCAGUGCAUUUAGUGACCAAUUUUUUUAAAACAAUAAAAAAUAUUGGUUAUCGGUUAUCGGAUUGAUAAAAUAUUAUGCGUAUCGGAAUCUGGUGUUUUCAUUAUCAGACCAUCACUAAUACAUUCUAGCCUUUGUAAUAAUGUUAAAUUUUCAGGUUUUUACUCAUUGAUAAUUUUUCUAUUCCUGCAACAAAUUGGAUGAUGAAUAUUUGAUUAGAUCCAAUGUGAAGAGAAGUUGUUGCAGUUACUUUGUGUAAGUGUUUACAUAAUAUAAAUGCGUGGAUACCUAGAUUCAAUACAUAAAUGGAUGGUCUCAAUGUUAACUAGCCAUACUUUGUAUUAAAAGGUGCACAGGUAACAGCAGAACCACCUUAGUUCAGACUGUGGAACAAUCUGCAAUGUAGCUAAUGUCCACACAAAUCUGUAAUAAAAUAUCCCUGACUUUUUUUUAAGUGAAACAUUUUUGCUACAGUUUUCAAGCGUUACGAAGAUUGCGAUUGCAGGAGGGGAAUAGUUAGGUACGUGGUACAUUUUAUGCAACUGAUGGAGGAGACGGCAGGGGAAGAGGUAUAAAUGACACAGCUUACUUUCCCACUUGCAUAUUUACACGGCAUAAUUUAGUGCUCACAUAAUUACAUUUUAUUUACUGCAACCUCAGCGAAAGAGAAUUGUGUUUCUGAUACCUAAUAAUAUAAUAUGCAAGAAGUUUCACCUCUGUUGUGUAUGGACUCCAUGCACAAAUUUUUUAAAAAAAAUAAUUAACUUAUUUUGCAAUUUUCUGAAAGAAAUAAAAUACAGCCUCUACCAUUCCUAUGGUUGGUCUGGUUAAAACAGAUCCUUGCCUACAUUUUGUGUGUAUGAUUUUGUUAUGCACUACCAUACCAUCUAUAAAAAAAAAGUAAUGCUUUCACAGGCUGCGUGAAUGCAGGGAAUGAUUUUCCUUAUCGAAAUACUAUCAUGAGAAGAUUUUAUUAGACUUUUCAUAAUGUGGCCACCCUGAAAUGAAGCAGUUUUUAACCACUGCAGUUUAAUCCCUCCAAAUUUGAACUCAUACUUCUUUUAUGCAUAGUUGUAUUUUUGAUAUUUGAGUUUCAAGAAUAUUUUGAUAUUUAUAUUGUAAAUGGAUCCAAACUAUAAAAAAACCUGACAUUUGCACAUAUCUUACUGUUUUUUAUAGAAAUAUGUUUCCUGGGUCACAAAAGUUACUAAAAAGUGAAGAAUUUUCAGUGUGAAUUUUUAUGUCAUUAAAACUUGCUGCUCUUCGUUCAAGGAAUAUACAAAUACCUCAUAAACUAAUUUCAAGAUUUUUUUUUUUUAGAGUCUUUUUAAUAACAUCUUUUAUAUACAGGAACAAUUUUAUGUAUAGACCACAGUAAAAUUAAACUUAAUAAUACUAAAUAGAUAAAAUAAUUGAAUGAAUGUGCCAAUCCAGCACCAUUACUGUUUAUUUUGGAGCUUUUUUUUAUGACUUCCUUGAAAUUUCUCCAGCUUUCUUACAUUCUCGUGACUCCUGACCUGUAGUCACAAUUUUUUAUUCUUCAAUUUUUUUCAGUUAAGCGCUUAAGUGCAUGUCUUGGCUUUGGAGUCUCUGUGUUUCAUGAGGUGCUCUGUUCGUGGAACUGCUAACAUUUCUGUUUGUAAGAUUUUUAUGUUCAGCUUCACUCAUCAUUUUGGAUCUCUCUCUCUCUCUCUCUCUCUCUCUCUCUCUCUCUCUCUCUCUCUCUCUCUCUCUCUCUCUCUCUCCCCCCCCCCCCCACCCCCCCGCCACACACACACAUAUUCCAGAUUGUUACAAAGAUAUAUUUCAUAUUUCAUAUAAUGUAUCUGGCAUAAAAGAGAACUCCACUGAGAAAGUAAUUUUAAAAUUGAAAUAAAACAAACAUGAUGCAAGAAUGCAAUAAUGCCAAUAACUCAACAUGGUGAUUGAAGUAAAGUCUCAAAAUAUUUAUUUUUUAUCUUUUCAUGAAUGUCAUAAUAGGGUUCUCUCUCUGUAUGUGUGUGUGUAUACAGAAUAGUUUGUUCUCAUCAAAAAUGUGGAUUUUAGUGUGCAAGAUAUAUUUGCCAUUUCUUAGGUAAAUAUUGAAAAGUGUUUUAUAUUAUCUUGGCUUGAUGUGUCGAAGUGGAACCAGGCCAGUGUUGCUUUGAGGAUGCCUGUUGCAUUGAAUGACAAAGCUUGGUCAACUGUAUUGUGGGGGCAACUCUGGAGACUUUCUUUGACAGAGGCCAAGACAAACUGUGAUCAGUAUUUUAUAUUGUGUGUUUUUCUCAGUGUGUCCUUUGUUGUAGCAUUUUGAGUUUAAUAAAUUUAGUAAUUUAUUUUAAAA